AUGUCCAUCAAAUCACACAUCAACGAAGCCGUCGGGCCCUUGCCCACCAAGGCUCCUGCCUUGUCCUCCAACGUCAUGGACUUGUUCUCACUCAAAGGCAAGGUGGCGUCUGUCACAGGGUCCUCCAACGGAAUUGGCUAUGCUGUGGCAGAAGCCUACGCACAAGCUGGUGCAGACGUGGCUAUCUGGUACAACUCGACUCCCUCCGAUGACAAGGCCGAAUAUCUCGCCAAAACGUACGGAGUCCGGGCUAAAGCCUACAAGUGCAAUGUGGGGUCUUCUGACGACGUGGAAGCAGUGAUAGCCCAAAUCGAGCAGGAUUUCGGCACCAUCGACAUCUUCGUGGCCAACGCAGGCAUCGCGUGGUCCGAGGGCAGAAGUCUCGAGGCCCAGGGCUUCGAGGGGUUCCGCAAGAUCAUCGAGUUGGACUUGAACAGCGUGUACUACUGUGCCAAAACCGUGGGAAAGAUCUUUGAAAAGAAGCGCAAGGGCUCGUUGAUCAUCACUGCGUCGAUGUCGGGUCACAUCGUCAACGUGCCCAACUUGCAGGCCCCCUACAACGCAGCCAAGGCCGGGUGUUUGCACUUGAGCAAGUCAUUGGCAGUCGAAUGGGCUCCUUUUGCCAGAGUUAACACGGUGUCGCCAGGCUACAUCCAGACAGACAUCUCCGAGUUUGCGGAGGACACGGUCAAGCAGCAAUGGUGGCUGUUGAUUCCGUUGGGCAGAGAGGGUAUUACCCAAGAGUUAGUUGGUGCCUACUUGUACUUGGCCUCUGACGCCUCCACUUACACCACCGGUACUGAUAUCAUCGUGGACGGUGGAUACUGUGCCCCAUAG